AUUGAUCAACAAAAGAACUCACAAAUGCAAUUAAAUCCUGUUCAACUACCAAAACCAAAAUUGAAAGACACAAAGGAUGCUGUCAAGAGAACACAAUCUGAAUACUUUGCAUCAACCAUGGUUAUAACUUAUAGUAUCAACGUGGUACAGUAAGCAAAGAGCAGCUGGACUUACAGUACAGUCACUGGUGGAGAAGAGGAAGAGAUGGGGAAGAAGCUGAACGCUGUUCUUGGAAGGAGUACAAAGCAAACAUCGAAGUUGAAGGCUUUGUUUGGCCUCUGUGUAUCAAGGAUAGCCAUACUCCGCAAACAACACCAGACGAGAUGCUUACAAGCUCGUGGAGAUAUCGCGCAGCUCAUCCAACUUGGUCAUCAGGAUCGUGCUCUUUCUCGUGCUGAACAAGUAAUCAAGGAGCAGAACUUACUGGAUGUCUUUGUGGUGAUAGAAGGGUAUUGCAAUCUCUUAACAGAAAGGAUAGCCCUCCUAGAGUACCAAAUUGAAUGCCCAGAUGAGUUGAUAGAUGCAAUCUCAAGCCUCAUUUUUGCUGCCUCAAGAAGCGGGGAGUUGCCGGAACUGCAGGAUAUCCGCCGGAAGUUUGCAGUGAAAUUCGGUAGGGAAUUUGCCUCUGCUGCAGUGGACCUCCGAAGCAACUGCAGGGUGAAUCCAAUGAUGAUACAAAAGCUAUCUACCAGACAGCCAAGCCUAGAAAGUAAGUCAAGAAUAAUAAGAGAGAUUGCUUUGGAGAAAGGGAUUCAAUUGAAUGGUGAAGAACUUCCUGUUGAGAUCAAGGAGGUUGAAACAAAAAUGAGCACAAGCAAGAUAGGAAGAAAUUUGUCCAGACACUACAAAGACGAUUCAUCAGGAGUGGAUCAGGUUGAGCUUCACUUACAAUCAAUGGGAGCUAGACAAAAGUACAACGAUUUGGGCAGUACCACUGAUCAAAGAACAGUGGUUGCAAAAAAGGAAGUUGUUGGGCUAUCAAACUCAAAGCAUAUAGAAACAGAGGGUUGGUCCUACCCAAGCAAUGAAUUGAGGGAAAAAUGCUCAGUGAGGAGGAUGAACAAGGAUGAGAACAUUGCAGUUCAUACAGUCUCUGGUUUCAGAAGAGAAUCACAAUUGUCUUCAAGAAACAGCAUUAAGCUUGAUAUGGUAAAAUCAAAGGAAGAGUUUGUAGUACCACCACAGGUCGAGGGAUCAUCAACUGGUUUCAACUUGUUAGAUUUAGACAAGCCUCAUUUUCAGAUAAAGAGGACAAUUUUAUAUGAACAACAUGCCACAGGAUCUAAUACAACAGGGAGUGUUCUUGAAGAGAAGGAAAGUGAAGAUCAGAAGACGUAUAGUUUAGGAAACCAAUUUGAGAAAAAAUAUGGAAUAGGGGUUGUGUCAUUACCAAACAGAAGGCUGACGAGGUUUGCAGCAAUAACCAGGAACAGUUUCCACUUGCACAGCCUGAUCAAUGCAGCUCUAGAUGAAGAAUUCCAUGACAAGCAUGAAGAAGUUAGCCAUCCAACUCCCUAGCAGAAGAAAAAUUCAAGAAGAUUCAAACACAUUUCAUUAAAUUAUGAGAUUGAUAAGAAUGCAUUACAAUUGAAAAAUUACAG